UAGAAUACUUGGACUGAUAACCGUCGGUAGAAAUUUUAAUGCGUCCCAGAUAACGACAAACAGAAAGACAAGUUUACCUGUUGAUAUAGUCAGAGAACUGAGCGGACGCUCGAUUUUAAAAAAUGCAGACCAAUUCUUGUUGGUUUUACGUUAUUCUAAUCGUGUUUGCACCUUUGAAAACGAUGCUUGGGUGCAAAGGAGAACAGAAGGGGCAACAGGUGAAUCUGACGAAUUCGAUCGACACUUUGAUACCUUAUAUAUCGAAAUACAUAGUGGAUAGUAAAAUGGAUCCUUUAAAAAUUCCGGACGUUCAUCAGAGAUUCUGUGUCACAGAUUUACUUUUCUUUCCAUUACCUAUCUGCAUCGGCCUAACGUACUCUUUGUCUUCGGGUUUGUUGCACUAUCUAUCACAGAUAAAGCGACGCGGGCCCGUUAUCAUCACAUCCAAAGAUGGAGUCCUCGAUGUCGACGCUAGUCUGACGUUCGACAAAAUUUCGGUGUCCUAUAAUUAUUUUCUCGAAUCGUUAAUUUUGCAACAACAUGGGAAAUCAGUGAUCGAAGGGGAUUCGAUUUGGGCCAACAUAGGCCUUGCCGUAAACACCACCAGCUGCAAAUUCGCUUUUAAGAGAUUCAAGCUGAUGAGUGUCAAGUCCAUCCAAGUUAUUAUCAAAGAAGAUGGUUUGAUAAAUCAGUUAAUCAUGUUUAUAGCUAACAUCGUAGUGUUCCUUAUGAAGAAUACGUUGAUCGAAAGUAUCGAAAGCGGAAGUACGACAGCUCUUCGAGAAGCCUUUAAAGGAAUGAACGAAGCACCUUGCCCUUGGAACCCCAUCAACUUAGUCCUCGCGAUGUUUAAUCUACUGCAUAAUAUAGGGUGAAACGUAUCGACGUGAUUUAAAAAUGUUAUCUGCCAUUAAUCUGAGCAUGUGAAAUCAAUUUGUAACAAAGUGCCUGUAAUUAAGAAUUCGUUCUUCUCUCACGUUAUCGAAAUGUACGAAUACUGUUUAUUUUCGAUCAAUUCUCUCAAGACGAACGAGAAUACGAUGCAUCUCGAUAACGUGAUUAGAUUAGAAGAUAACGCAACGGUGUUUCAAUAAAAAUCGGGUAGACGAA